AUGGACGCUCCUCCCCCCCAGCCGGUGGAGCUCGAGGAGGAGCUUCAACCACCUCAUACCCCGGCCCCAGCAUCUCCUCCACCCAACGUCGCUCCUCCUACGCCUCCGUCGUGUCAGGCACAGCCCUCUCCCCUCCAACCUCUGGCUCUCUCGCUCAUCUCCUCAACGCCUCCUCCGCCUCCAACACGGUUUCCUCCUACCCACCACCCUUCCCACAGCCCGACGGCCGUUCCCCACGGCCCUGACUUCCCCCACGGCCUCGGCGGCCUGGCCACCGACAAUUCCUCCUUCUUCACUCCGUCCUACCUCCGCAACUCCCGUUACAUGUCUCGUCUCGACGCCGCCCAUCGCGCCAAGCUUGCUGCCCUCCAGCGAGAGACUGCCUCGUCCGCCUCGGCCUCGAAUCCUCCCCUCUCCGCCUCGUCCAGCCAUGUUCAUUUGCCCCGCAUGGUCCCGUCCCAUCGGGGCAUGGCCUAUGAGAUCAUCGAGAAGGAACCCCCAGCCACGACGGAUCAGACAAUGCCCCUGCCGACACAGUGGAGCGCCUCAGACAAGUACGCCGGUCUGGAGAUCUCGAAUAAUGGACUCGAUGUGCGAUACACCGGUCCUGUGAACAAGCAUGAUCAUGAAGCGGCAGCGUUGCGGGCCGAUCACCCCAUGCCGCCACAAUGUGGGAUAUAUUAUUUUGAGGUCAAGAUCGAAUCUAAACCGAAGGAAGGGAUGAUCGGGAUUGGAUUCUCGAGCACCAAGGCAUCAGUUGAGAGACUCCCCGGCUGGGAGCAGGAAUCCUGGGCAUACCACGGUGAUGAUGGCAAGUCAUUUUUCGGCGAAAGCCAAGGCCAAGGAAGGCCGUACGGGCCGACCUUUGGGGUCGGGGACACGGUAGGAUGUGGUGUGAAUUUUUCCACGGGGUCUGCUUUCUUCACGAAGAACGGCGUUUUUCUAGGGAAUGUGUUUCACGAGCUGCGCAACGUCAAGCUUUUUCCGUCAGUGGGAAUGAAAAAACAGCCGCCGGUACAUCUGCGGGCGAAUUUUGGACAGGAGCCGUUCGUUUUUGAUAUCGACGGCUUGGUCAGGCAAGAGAAAGCUUCUAUUCACUCGGAAAUCAGCGCUACCAGCACAGCAAGUCUCCAGCCGCCACUCGAUGAAUCUGCAUUACUACAGGAGCUGGUCGCUCAGUUUCUGGCUCAUGAUGGCUACGUGGAGACAUCUCGCGCGUUCGCUGAAGAGGUGGCUACCGAAGCGGCGGCUCUGCAGAAUGGACGGGACGAGCCUUUGAAAAAGUAUGAGGUAGAGGAGGACAGGGAAGCCAUCAACCGCAAUAAAAUCCGCUCCGCCAUCCUAGACGGCGACAUCGAUAAAGCUCUCAAACACACCAAGGCAUACUACGCCAACGUCCUUGAAGACUACCCACACAUCCACUUCAAACUCCGCUGCCGCAAAUUUCUCGAGAUGAUGCGCCGCUCCAACGAGCUCGCCGCUGCCACGGCCGCAGCAGCUGCAUCGUCCUCGAAACGAAACCGUGCAGCCACCGGCCCUGGGAUAUCCGACGAACAUGCCGUCUUCGACCAGGAAAUGGAACUCGACGACGUCAGCGAUGGCUGGGAUGCUACAGAUGGGAUGGAUACGGAAGAGCAAGAACCUGAGACAGCAACGCAAUUCAACGAGCUCCUCACCGAGGCAGUGCAAUACGGCCAGCAACUGCACAUGGACUACCCGUCUGACGAGAACGGCGGCGACAAGAAGAUGCUAGAUGAUAUAUUCUCGCUGGUUGCGUACGCGGAUCCGAAGCGCUCGGUGCAUGGGCAUCAUCUCGACCCUGCGGGGAGAGUCGCUGUUGCUGAGGAGUUGAACUCGGCUAUACUCGUGAGUCUGGGUAAAUCCUCAGCGGCAGCGCUAGAGCGUCUAUACCAGCAAACGGAGGUCCUCGUCAAUGAAAUCAGCGAAGACGGCGGCGCCGGGGCGUUCAUCAAUGUUCGGAAUGACUUUUUGCUUUGA